AUAACACAGAACACUCGACGACGUUACAAAGAAAUUCUUCAUCACAUCUCUACUUUAACUUGGUGGUAUACUAUUAACUCUGGUCUCUUCGCUCGCUAUGAAGUUCCUAAUAAUAUUUUUGAUCGCAUCAUCCGCGAUUGCAUACACAAUUGCACAAAAGGAUUUUGGUUCGAAACUGAAUCAUGAUUCCCAUCGUGAAAAUGAACCUCAGGGAUCAGUUGUCCUCCGAGGUGAAAAACCAUUGAGCGGACCUGAUCAACGUGCUACAAUCAAUCUAGAUUUACAACGAAAACUGAACGAACACACGAAUGUAUACGGAGGUGGUCACUACAUGCAAGAUCGAAUAAGGCCGCACGCUGGGAUUGUUUACGAACGCGAAUUUAGAAAUGGUUUUAUCAAUGGAAGAGGUCAAGUUCAGCCAGGUGCUAGAGGACGAUUGGAACCUUCCUUUGGAAUAAAUGGUGGCUUCAGAUUUCGUCGCGAAGCCGAUCCACAGGGAUCAGUUGUCCUCCGAGGUGAAAAACCAUUGAGCGGGCCUGAUCAACGUGCUACAAUCAAUCUAGAAUUACAGCGAAAACUGAACGAACAUACCAGUGUAUACGGAGGUGGUCAUUACAUGCAAGGAGAUCGAGUAAGACCGCACGCUGGAGUUGUUUACGAACGCGAAUUUGGAAAUGGUUUUAUCAAUGGACGAGGUCAAGUUCAGCCAGGUGCUAGAGGACGAUUGGAACCUUCCUUUGGAAUAAAUGGUGGCUUCAGAUUUCGUCGCGAAGCCGAUCCACAGGGAUCAGUUGUCCUCCGAGGUGAAAAACCAUUGAGCGGGCCUGAUCAACGUGCUACAAUCAAUCUAGAGUUACAGCGAAAACUGAACGAACAUACCAGUGUAUACGGAGGUGGUCAUUACAUGCAAGGAGAUCGAGUAAGACCGCACGCUGGAGUUGUUUACGAACGCGAAUUUGGAAAUGGUUUUAUCAAUGGACGAGGUCAAGUUCAGCCAGGUGCUAGAGGACGAUUGGAACCUUCCUUUGGAAUAAAUGGUGGCUUCAGAUUUCGUCGCGAAGCCGAUCCACAGGGAUCAGUUGUCCUCCGAGGUGAAAAACCAUUGAGCGGGCCUGAUCAACGUGCUACAAUCAAUCUAGAGUUACAGCGAAAACUGAACGAACAUACCAGUGUAUACGGAGGUGGUCAUUACAUGCAAGGAGAUCGAGUAAGACCGCACGCUGGAGUUGUUUACGAACGCGAAUUUGGAAAUGGUUUUAUCAAUGGACGAGGUCAAGUUCAACCAGGUGCUAGAGGACGAUUGGAACCUUCCUUUGGAAUAAAUGGUGGCUUCAGAUUUCGUCGCGAAGCCGAUCCACAGGGAUCAGUUGUCCUCCGAGGUGAAAAACCAUUGAGCGGGCCUGAUCAACGUGCUACAAUCAAUCUAGAGUUACAGCGAAAACUGAACGAACAUACCAGUGUAUACGGAGGUGGUCAUUACAUGCAAGGAGAUCGAGUAAGACCGCACGCUGGAGUUGUUUACGAACGCGAAUUUGGAAAUGGUUUUAUCAAUGGACGAGGUCAAGUUCAGCCAGGUGCUAGAGGACGAUUGGAACCUUCCUUUGGAAUAAAUGGUGGCUUCAGAUUUCGUCGCGAAGCCGAUCCACAGGGAUCAGUUGUCCUCCGAGGUGAAAAACCAUUGAGCGGGCCUGAUCAACGUGCUACAAUCAAUCUAGAGUUACAGCGAAAACUGAACGAACAUACCAGUGUAUACGGAGGUGGUCAUUACAUGCAAGGAGAUCGAGUAAGACCGCACGCUGGAGUUGUUUACGAACGCGAAUUUGGAAAUGGUUUUAUCAAUGGACGAGGUCAAGUUCAACCAGGUGCUAGAGGACGAUUGGAACCUUCCUUUGGAAUAAAUGGUGGCUUCAGAUUUCGUCGCGAAGCCGAUCCACAGGGAUCAGUUGUCCUCCGAGGUGAAAAACCAUUGAGCGGGCCUGAUCAACGUGCUACAAUCAAUCUAGAGUUACAGCGAAAACUGAACGAACAUACCAGUGUAUACGGAGGUGGUCAUUACAUGCAAGGAGAUCGAGUAAGACCGCACGCUGGAGUUGUUUACGAACGCGAAUUUGGAAAUGGUUUUAUCAAUGGACGAGGUCAAGUUCAACCAGGUGCUAGAGGACGAUUGGAACCUUCCUUUGGAAUAAAUGGUGGCUUCAGAUUUAAACGAGAUGCCGAAGAAGAAGAAAUACAAGAGUCAGAAGAAUAGUAUGUGUGUGUGUGUGUGUGUGUGUGUGUGUGUAUAUAUAUAUGUGAAUAUAUAUAUAUAUAUAUAUAUAUAUAUUCGCAGAAGUUUUUGUUUACGUCCGCGCGAAUGGUUUAAAUGAUAUAUUAUCUUGAAAAUGAAAGACUCGUGUAAUUUAUUAUGCAAACGAAAGCUGUGUUGAAUAUAUGAUCAUAGUACAUUCAUAUCUCCUAUUUAAAUAACAUGUAUUUAAAUAUUAAUUUAUACAUUUUUCAAAAUAAAAUAUUUCUGUUGAGACGAA